AUGGACGAGUGCGAAGAGCAGCAGAAGAAUAUCCGACGAAUCUACGACAGCGUCAAUAUACGAACUAUCAACCAAGCUGAUGUAGUUGGUUUGACAACCACAUCACUUGCUGGUCGUAUCGAUAUGCUCCGGGGUUUAAAGCCCAAGAUUGUAAUUUGCGAAGAGGCAGGUGAGUUGAAGGAGGCAGAUAUCAUUUCUGCUCUGAUGCCUGGGCUUGAGCACAUCAUCCAGAUUGGAGAUCACCGACAACUACGACCUCAAAUCAACAACUACGAUCUAAGUCUCGAAUCGACGUCUGGCCAGAAAUGGCAAUUGGAUCGUAGCCAGUUUGAGAGAAGAGCUGAAGGUGAACCGGGUCUUGAUCCAGCGCCACUCACACAGCUCAACGUCCAGAGAAGAAUGAGACCCGAGGUUUCGCAGCUGAUUCGUGGUGUUUAUCCAAACUUGGUAGACCAUGAGAGUGUGCUCAAGGCACCAGAUGUGGUUGGCAUGCUUGACAAUGUGUUCUGGCUGGAUCACAGUCAUCCUCAGGAUAACGGGGGAGAUGGUACUCGGGUGAAAUCUCACAGCAACCGGUGGGAGACCAACAUGGCAACAGCCCUUAUCCGUCACUUGGUCCGACAAGGAAAGUACAAAGCUGAAGACAUUGCGCUACUGACACCGUACAUGGGCCAGCUUCAACAGCUCCGGACUGCUCUUAGCCGUGACUUUGAGAUAUGUCUCGGUGAUCUUGAUCGCGAACAACUCGCCCAUGAAGAGUUUGAGGACGAGUCGAGCUCCAAGAAGUCAGUCGAGAAGAAGAAGUUACUACAGACAAUCAGACUUGCGACGGUUGACAACUUCCAAGGUGAAGAGGCAAAGAUCAUUGUCGUGUCACUGGUGCGCAGUAACCCUAAGCGUCAAGUCGGGUUCCUUCGAACAGAGAACCGCAUCAACGUUUUGCUCAGUCGUGCUAAGCAUGGGAUGUACCUGAUUGGUAACGCAGCGACUUAUCUCAAUGUCCCGAUGUGGGCAGAUGUCCAUGACAUUCUUGAAAAGAGCGGUUCUGUUGGAAUGCAACUUAGACUUUGUUGUCCUCGUCACCCAGAGACACCAAUCGCUUGUUCAGAACCUGAAGACUUUUCCACCAAAAGUCCCGAGGGAGGAUGUACUCUGCCUUGCUCUCGAAGAUUGGAGCCAUGUGGUCAUAAAUGUCAGGCGAUGUGUCACUCCAAGGCUAUGCAUGAUGCGUUUACUUACUUUGCGGAGAAUCAUGCGGUCCUUGUCUGGCUCAGGUUUCUUGUAUUGAGCUCCCAUGCGGCCACGUCGCGGAAACAAUGGCGUGCUAUCAGACACAGGAUCUGGAUGGGUUCAAGUGUACUGCUCUAG